ACGGCCCAGACCCGGGACCCCCCCCAGCCCGCGCAGCACCCCCCGUUGCUCCACCGGCCUGCCCGCCCGCCCGCAGCCAUGUUCGCCUGUGUCAAGCUCGCCGCCGGGUCCCCCGCCUUGAUGCGCACUGGAUCAAGAAUUCUAUACAGACCAAUUUCUGCAACGGUGUUGUCUAGGCCAGAAGCCAGGACUGGAGAGGGCAACACAACUUUCCUUACUGGUGCUCAGAACACUGGCAGUCAACUAGCACUAAGGGAGUUUCAAACUAGUGCUAUCAGCAGGGACAUUGACACGGCUGCCAAAUUUAUUGGCGCUGGUGCUGCCACAGUAGGAGUGGCUGGUUCAGGUGCUGGUAUUGGAACAGUCUUCGGGAGUUUAAUCAUUGGCUAUGCCAGAAAUCCUUCUCUGAAGCAGCAGCUAUUCUCAUAUGCUAUUCUGGGAUUUGCCCUGUCUGAAGCCAUGGGUCUCUUCUGUCUGAUGGUUGCUUUUUUGAUCUUGUUUGCCAUGUGAAGAGAUCUGUUUGUAACAUUGGCAUUAAUGAACUACAAUGUGAUUCUGUGAACCUGGGUUCGAAAAAUGUUUAUCAUGGAAUGUAUGCUACUUCCAAAGCAGCUUAAUUAAAGAUGGUAACAAGUUUAAACUC